CAGGCUGCCAUGAUAACCAGGCCAUGUUGGAGAAUUACAGAGUCCUCAUCACAAAGCACUGGCUAACCUCCGGGACUCCAACCACCUCCGUCCCAAGCCAUGAACCAAUCCACACUUGAAUGGAAGACUCUGACAAUGAACACCAGCUCCAUCAAUGCAUCCGUACAUCACUCUUGUCCACUGGGCUUUGUCCACUACACAGAGGAGGCUUGUGUCCUGGAGACAGUGGUCAUCGUCCUCCUGACCGUUCUGAUCAUCAUUGGGAACCUGACAGUGAUUUUUGUGUUUCACUGUGCUCCCUUGCUUCACCACUACACCACCAGCUACUUCAUCCAAACCAUGGCAUAUGCAGACCUCUUUGUGGGUGUCAGUUGUCUGGUCCCCACGCUUUCCCUUUUACACUACCGAACGGGAGUCCAGGAGUGGUUGACCUGCCAGCUUUUUGGCUACAUCAUCUCUGUGCUCAAAAGUGUCUCCAUGGCCUGCCUUGCUUGCAUAAGUGUGGACCGGUACCUGGCCAUUACCAAGCCGCUGUCCUACAACCAGCUGGUCACUCCUUGCAGGCUCCGUAUCUGCAUUGUUCUCAUCUGGAUCUACUCCUGCCUCAUUUUCCUGCCCUCCUUCUUCGGUUGGGGGAAGCCGGGCUACCACGGGGACAUCUUUGAGUGGUGUGCCCGCUCCUGGCCCACCAACGUCUACUUCACAGGCUUCAUUGUGUGCCUCCUGUACGCACCAGCCGCCUUUAUGGUCUGCUUCACCUACUUCCACAUCUUCAAGAUCUGCAGGCAGCACAACAAAGAGAUCAGCGAACGGCGUGCCCGUUUUCCCAGCCAGGAGAUGGACACUGGAGAAGGUGGCCACAGCAGCCCCGAUCGCCGCUAUGCCAUGGUCCUCUUCCGCAUCACAAGUGUCUUCUACAUGCUCUGGUUGCCCUACAUUAUCUACUUCCUGCUAGAGAGCUCCCAAGUGUUGGACAAUCCUGCCCUGUCCUUUGUCACCACCUGGCUGGCCAUCAGCAACAGCUUCUGCAACUGUGUCAUCUACAGCCUGUCCAACAGUGUCUUCAGGCUGGGCUUGCGCAGGCUGUCCGAAACCAUCUGCUCAUCCUGUGUUUGUUCCAAAGACAGAGAUAUCCGGGACCCCAAACCACGCAAAAGGGCUAACUCUUGCUCAAUUUGAAAAGACAGCAAAUCUACGGAAUGGUUCAGAUUGUGUCCUUGUCUUGCUCAGCUUUGUGAUGGAGUAAAUCCACGUCUGAGUUAAACAGCUUGCAGGAGGCAAGGGUAAAAUGGACUUCCCGGCCCAUUGAUCAUGUUAAGCUUGAGACAGGUGUCUAAUCAAGAAUCUUGUUAGUCUAAACUUGAAGGAUUGAUGUGGAGAGGUGACCCUGUUUAGCCUGCAGUUGGGAUGUGGUUUUCACGGCACUAGUGAAAGGAGCUUAUUUCUCUUGAAAGUGUCUGAGUGGUGCAGGAUAAUGUAAUCAUGUAAAGAUGACCUCCAACCUCCACAGGCUUUCUUGUUAUAGAGCCAUCGGGUCAAUGGGGGACAAUUGAAUUCAGCACAUCUUACUAAACAUAUGGGAUCUCUCUCCUAGUCUGUUCUAUAAAUAACGUACAAUGUCAAUGCUAUCUGAAAUUAAUAAGGCUCUUUUAUUCCCCUUCCCCAUUGCCUUUGUCAGUAAUAAUUGUGUAGCACUGUCUGUGUACUGUGUGAAAACAGAAAAAGAUAGAAGAUAACAAAUUUACAAAUAAUUAACCCUUUGUGUAGCUUUCUGCUGUAGGAGGCGUUCCUAAGUAUAAAUUGGCUUGCACAUAUCUUAUUUAAAUUGUAAAGAUUUGACUAUUAUUAUUAUUAUUAUUAUUAUUAUUAUUAUUAUUUAUUAUUAUUAUUAUUAUUAUUAUUAUUCGUUCUUAAUUGUGUCUGUGCCUAAUAUUUUCAGUGCACAUUUAAACGGGUUAUUAGUAUUAAACAAUGUGUGACGACUUAAAAUAUUUAUUUUUUAAAUGUGUGCUAUUAUAGUGAAAUUCCGAGAUUUGUGUGGACAAGCAUUAAGAUAUAUAUAUAUAUAUAUUUUAAAUUAUAUAAUGGCCAAUAUGUAAUUUGCUCAGAAACAUCUUAUGAUUUUCCUUGAGUCUUAUUAAAGUUACUCGGUAUGAAUUCCCUUUUAACAUUCUUGUUCUCUGUCAUAGAGUUUGCCUUUUUUGAGAUGGCAAAAGAAGUAACGUUGCUGCU